GUGGAAGUAUGACCUCUGGAUGUGUUUGUAGACUCAUACAAAGAGGUUUUGCUUAUUUUUGUGUGUUUUUUUGGGGUUGUGUUUGAGUGUCUGCACCUCUCCUUGUAUACACACCUCCUGUUUGGCUCACUGGGGUUUAUUUUUUUGUUUCUCCCAAAUAAAUCACCUUGCAGUUACAUGCUAUAGUGUGGCUGUACCAUUCAUUCCCUGGACGUUUUUGAACCUGGCAUGCCUGCCUUCAUCACAAAUGGAAAUAUCUGGGGUCGUUUUAACACACACAGUUGCAGGCAAGGGGGAAAAUGAAGAAGUAGCUAAAGGAUAUCUUGCAAAGCCUGUGCGUUGCUGAUGUUUUUAUCUGGAUGGAAACACACUACCAUGUAUGGAAACAGAUGAUUUCCUAGCCAACAGCAAAGAGGCAGUUAGUGCUGAGUAUGUGUAUCCUGUGCACAGGUGAAGAAGAGCUGAAGAACAUUGAGUAUCUUGGCGUCUCUGUGUGGACCACAAACUCCAUCGUGACUGUGAAGACCAACUGCGAGUUUCUGCAGUGACAGAAUAUCGGAUACACACUGAGGGGAAAGCAAGUUGACAUCUCUGACAAACAGGACCAUGGAGGAGAAGUACUGCAUUGCUUGCUAUGUUCUGAUUGCCGUUCUGAUUAUUGUUGCGAUUGCUGUUGUGAUUGUUUGCAUCAAAUGGUACUGCAACAAUCACCACUACUCCAAAGCUGCUGUAGCAGCCGACGCUGAGGAAAGUUCUGAGAUCGGCAGGACCAUGGAGGAGAAGUGCCGCAUUGCUUGCUAUGUUCUGACUGCUGCUCUGAUUCUGACUGCUGUUCUGACUGCUGUUCUGAUUGUUUGCAUCAAAUGUCAUCAAAUAUCGAUGAGAAAUAAAGAUCACUGCUACUCCAAAGCUGCUGUAGCAGCCGCCAAUGGGAAAUGUUCUGAGAUCGGCAGGGACAUGUUACAGCGCGGAGGCUCUGCAGUGGACGCCGCCAUCGCAGCGCUGCUGUGUGUCGGACUGUUUAAUGCUCACAGCAUGGGCUUCGGAGGAGGACAUUUCUUCAUCAUCUACAACAACUCUACAGGGGAGGUGGAGACAAUCGACGCGAGGGAAACGGCUCCCCAAAAGGCCACACGUGACAUGUUCGGCAAUGACACGCAGCUCGCUCAAAAAGGAGGCCUGUCCAUUGCGGUCCCCGGUGAGCUUCGUGGCUAUGAACUGGCACACCGGCGUCAUGGCCGCCUGCCGUGGAGGGAUCUGUUUCAGCCGAGCAUCCAGCUGGCACGUGAAGGCAUCCGUGUCAGCAAAGGUCUCGCUGAAGCCAUGCAGAAAAACAAGGAAGACAUUGAGGCUAAUCCAGUGCUGUGUGAAGUAUUUUGUGAUUCCAACAAAACCAUCCUGAGGGAAAACGAUAUUAUCAGAUUUCCACAGCUAGCAGACACCUACGAGAAGAUCGCUGAGGGAGGAGCUGAUGUUUUUUAUAAUGGCUCCAUGGCUGAAACGAUAGUGAAUGACACCCAAACUGCAGGUGGCAUUAUAACACUUGAAGACUUGUUAAGGUAUACACCAGUGUUGAAUGAAAGCCCACUGAAGAUAAAUGUGGGAGAAUACACAAUGCACUUUCCAGAUGCUCCAUCUAGCGGUCCUGUGCUAGCGCUAAUCCUCAACAUUGUGCACGGUUAUAAUUUCUCAUCCAGCAGUGUGUCUACUACAGAGAAGAAGACGCUCACUUAUCACCGCAUCAUCGAGGCUUUCCGCUUCGCUUUCGCUAUGAGGAGCAGGCUGGGAGAUCCUCGUUACCUCAACAUCACUGACCUCAUCCACAACAUGACCUCGGACUACUUUGCCAAUAACAUCCGCAGUAAGAUCUCAGAUGACAGCAUGCAGCCAGAGAGUUACUAUGAUCCAGAAUACUUUAACCCUGAGAGUUACGGAACGGCUCAUCUGUCCAUCAUCGCUGAGGAUGGGAGCGCCGUGGCUGUGACCAGCAGCAUCAACCAAUAUUUUGGUUCUAAAGUGAUGUCACGUUCCACUGGAAUCAUCUUUAACAAUAUGAUGGACGACUUCAGUUCUCCGCACAUCACAAAUGCAUACAACGUUCCUCCUUCUCCUAAUAACUUCAUUCAACCAGGUAAAAGGCCGCUCUCGUCCAUGUGCCCGACCAUCAUCUGCGACAAAAACAACAAAGUUAAAAUGGUUGUGGGAGCUUCAGGUGGGACGAAGAUCACCACGGCAACGGCUCUGGUGAUCCUGAACUCUCUGUUCUUUAACUACGAUGUGAAGAGAGCUGUAGAGGAACCCAGAUUCCACAACCAGCUCAAGCCCAACGACACUGAGGUGGAAGAGAACUUCGAUCAGAGUGUGAAAAAGGGACUAGAACAGAAGAAGCACAACACACCGUUGCAGAAUACCACUUCGUUGGUUCAGGCCGUGGUGAGGCAGGAUGAUCUGAUCUGUGCUGUAUCAGACCAGAGGAAAGGAGGAUAUGCUGUCGGCUACUGAAACAAACUAUAACAAUAAUCAACUUUUAUCUGUACAGCUUUGUUAAAACAAAGAAAUUUACGCAAAUCUGAAUGAAUCACACAGAUCAUUACAAAGCUUUCAAUACACAGAUAAUCUGCCUACAUAUACUGUUUGUAUUUAACUACAACUUGUAGAUGAACUUACUGUCAAGAAGCACUUGUAAUGUUGUAUGCUUUUCAUUUUAGCCUACUUAAUUUCUUAUAUUGUAUGUUGGAAAUAAGUGGAUAUGAAGAAUCAGUCACAUGGGAACAAGCUGUUAUAUGAAAAUCAUCAUCUUUGGGGUGGUAACAGUAACUUUGCUUCAUAAUGCUUUGCUUCUUAUACCACAGCAAUUUGCCAAUGAUUACACAUCAUUUUUUAUCCAUUUAUAGUUAUGUUUAAUGUUGUGGAACGCCCAUGAAACAAGUUAUUUCAUGUUCUCAUUUAUGUUAUAGCAGCUAUAAACAGUCGUUCCCUCACCAGCCUUGCUUUCUCUACAUAGCUCAUCGUGUUACUGAGAAACCGCAAAAAGCUCCUCUGUCCUGAAGAUGUCGGAAAACUUAACGUUACAGCUUUACCUCUGACUGUUACAAAGCGCUGACACUGUAGACUCCUUCCAUACAUGUUACAUAUCUGUUUGUGUUGCAAGUCCACUGUACAAGUCCCUGUGAAUGGUGAAUGAGCUGUUACUAUAGAAAUGAUUACGUAUUAGAACAAGCGCAUUAUAUAAUAUAAACCUGUGAUUUACAGCUGCACUACUGUCAGAGCUGAUGUUAUAGAAAAUUAAUCAACAACUUCUGGCCAAUCACAGUCCAGAAUUCAGCAGCACAGUGGUGUAAAUAUAUUUAAUCAGUCUUUUAAAAGGCAUUUAUAAAGUUAAGAUUGACCUCUCAUUUCAGUUUCUUUGCUCUCAGUGGAUUUUUCAUGACUAAAUGCUGUACAUUAAAAAACAAUUAUACCCCUAAUAAUUUGCCUAAAAAGAGAGAUUUGUUAGUUAAAUAAUAUUAUAUUACAACACAAAGCUGUCUUUAACAGCCACCAUGGACAAUUCUAUGCCAGACCACCAGAGGGAGCCCUCCUCCAAAUUUUGAAUCACUUCUUCUGUUGUCAUACUCAUUUCCUUUUUGUUCAGUAUUAAAAGCACAUGAACCCUCUUCUUAUUGUGAAGCUUUUCGGUUUGCAUUGUCUUUCAGAUGAGUUCUGAGCCGUUUGUUCUGGAAGGUUUAUGUGUGUAUGACCCUGCUUUGUCAUGUCUUGUCCUUGCCGUUGCCUGACCCUUUUAGAUUUGAUGCUAUAUCUGAUUUCUGGAUUAUUGAUCCUGCCUAGCUUUUUGCACACAAUUUUUGCAUAGUAUUUUCUCUGUCUGUGAUUAUUUGGAUUUUGACCCAGAAGAUUUUGACCCUGAUGUUUGCCUUAAUAAACCUCA